GGGAUUCCCCUCAGCUCCCCACCUUAGUCCUUCAUUGUCCAACGCUUAGUAGAAAGUACCCGGCCCUGUGAACAGUAACCUAGAGUUGUGCAAGUCUGUCCCCUCAUUGGGUGUCUUCAUCUUUCAGUUUUAUGGAUAGAUAUACACUUUUACAAAGAACGGAAGAAGACUCCGAUUCUGCCAAUGAUGACAAAGAAGAUGAGAGCGACGAAGAGAAGGACGAUGUAGAAGAAACGGAAAAAGACUCCGAUUCUGACGAUGGUGAAAACGAAGAUGACAGCGACGAAGAGAAGGACGAUGCAGAGGAAUUUUCUUCCAAGAACCGAUUUGAAAAAAGAGACAAAACUUCCGACAUCAUCCUUGUGGUAGAGGGACGGAAACUUCACGUCAGUAAAUCUCUUCUGAUGAUUCACUCGCCUGUGUUCCAUGCGAUGUUUACAGGUGACUUCAAGGAACAAAAUUUAAAAGAGAUCCCACUGGAAACAAAGAAAUAUGCUACCAUGGUAAAUCUCUUGGAGCAAAUUUACCCUGGGCAAGGAUUUGAGUUGAUGACAGACAACACCCUUGAGGACCUCCUUGAACUGGCAGAUGAAUAUCAAGUAGAACAUGUGUUUACAAACUGUAAGAUAUACAUUGAAAAACAGGUGGAGGAUUUAAGUAAUGUACCUACCACUGACAAAACUCUAUUGUAUCUCAAGAUAGUGGACCAGUAUGACAAGUACGAGCAGCUACAUUCACUGAGAGAGCAACUGGUCAGGCGUGCAAGUCGCAGACCAGUCAGUAGACUACAGAAGAGUAGACACUACUCUUCUCUGCCUCCUACAGUUCUGAAAGAUGUUUUCUUGCGUCGUCUUCAGAAGCUGGAAAAAAGAUCGUGAAAUUGUGAAAUGUAUCAAAGAGAUGUACAGAUAAAACCAACAAGAAACUUGCAAUUCGUCGUUUAUAUUCACCUUCAUAGAGUUUAUAUUCACCUUACCAGUGUUUAUGUUCCCAUUUCUUAUAUUGUAACCGCAUUUACACAUUCAACUAUCAUUGACUCUAUCUGAUUUUCUUAUAAUGUUUCUUUUUGUAUAUUUUUAUUAUACAUAUUUUGCUACAGUUUUGAGUGCACUUCUUUAAGAUAAAGGCCAAAACAGAAAAUGUUUCUGCCUUAUUGUCUUAUUAAUAACUAAUUAGCUUUGUGGUUGGUUCUCUUUCUCGAUAUUUUGUUGUCUUAGCUUUAAGUUUAAAACCGUUGUAAAAUUUCUAGUAUCUUAAAUGCUUAUUAUUUUCAAAACACCUAUUUUGAUAAUUGUUUAGCUUUACUUUUUCGUGAAAGUGCACAGGUAUAUAGCGCUAACCUAGCCAUGCCUAUGAAUAAAUUUGA